CUUGUGAAUCAGCUGAUCUAGCCUGGACGAUCGUGACUGCGGCAAUUAAAAAAAACACUCCGUUGCCUUGUCAUUCGCAUAGGAAAAGGUUUGGCAGCCGAGGAGUAGACAACGUGACGAAAACAUUGACCAGAUCGCUGCAAAAUAAAUUUAGCAAGCAAGCUGCUUUCAUAUCGCGUGCAAAAGCCACCGGGAUCCAUCCCUUUUCAACGAAAUCUAGCUAGAUACCUCUGGGGUUGCCUGAAAUCCUCUUAACACUACGACCAUGGCGCUCAGUGAUGCCGACGUACAGAAACAGAUCAAGCACAUGAUGGCCUUCAUCGAGCAGGAGGCCAAUGAGAAGGCAGAGGAGAUUGAUGCCAAGGCCGAGGAAGAGUUCAACAUCGAAAAGGGUCGUCUGGUGCAGACCCAGAGGCUGAAGAUCAUGGAAUACUACGAGAAGAAGGAGAAGCAGAUCGAGCAGCAGAAGAAAAUUCAGAUGUCCAACUUGAUGAACCAGGCCAGGCUGAAGGUGCUGAAGGCUCGUGAUGAUAUGAUCUCGGACCUGCUGAAUGAGGCCCGCCAGAGGCUCGCCAAAGUCGCCAAGGACCCGGCGAGGUACCAGACCCUGAUGGAGGGGCUGAUGCUGCAGGGCUUCUACCAGCUGCUGGAGCCCAAAGUGACCAUCCGCUGCCGCAAACAGGAUCUGGCCUUGGUGCAGGCCGCUGUACAGAAAAACAUCUCCAUCUACCAAGCUGCUGUGAAGAACAACAUCGAAGUCCGCAUCGAUCAGGACAACUUCCUGUCCUCAGAUAUCUCUGGAGGCAUUGAGAUCUACAAUGCUGACGGGAAGAUCAAGGUGUCCAACACCCUGGAGAGCAGGCUGGACCUCAUGGCCCAGCAGAUGAUGCCUGAAAUCCGAGUGGCACUGUUCGGAGCCAAUCAGAACCGCAAAUUCCUGGAUUAACGGACACCUCUUGUCACAAACGAGCGGACAGCUACAAAAGCAGCACACUGAGUUUGUGAUGAUGUUUAUUUUAUUAUAUAUCUAUAUAUAUGUACCGAAUUUCAUUCCCUGUGUGUGCGGUAAAGAAGCAAACUGCGUUUAGCUCAGAAGUGGGAAGAGCACUAUUCCGUUGUUGUUUCGUGAUGUUUUCUCCGUGUGUGUGUGCGUUUUUUUUUUUCAGUCAGGGAAAAUCAUAAAAUGAUCAUUUAAAAACAGCAGAGGAGACACACAUCUGUGCGCAAGCGGUCAUUUAUGUACUGGGAACUGGGUUUUCUGUGGCACUGGUUGUGUGAGACUGGGCAGGGGUCAGGGGUCAGGGGUUUUGGGUGGGGAUCUGGGCCCAUUGGAUGAUCCGAGGUGGGUUCAGAUGAGCCGGUCUAAACCGGUUUGGUCCUGUCGGUUUUGACCCCCCCUUCUGGCGUCUUCCCACGUGUUAUGAAUCUAAAGGGAGUGAAAGAACAAUUGAGCACGCGUUCAUGUUGCUGUGGAUAUAAGGGAGAGAGAAAGAUGAUAUGCUAAAUAAAGAUGAAUUUCCUGCUCCUUCACAUGUCACCGUAGAUGCAGCCCCUGCGCGCACGCAGUGGCGCAAAGGUGUGUCUCCUCUCUGCAUGGCCGUGCAUGAGAGGUUGCAGUGUUCUACCGAGACUCUUUUUUUUCUGCAGCUUCUGACCUGUGAGCAACCAUAUCCACCUGUAUAAAACUAAGUGCGUACUGUACAUUUUACCACUUCCGUGCAUUCGUGGGUACGACCUGCCCUCAUUUACCACAAUGAAAUCACUUUCAAUAGUUGGAAAGGAUGCUGACGUGGUUUCAUCCUGAAUGUUUUCUGGGUCCUGGUCCACACGUUCUCUCACACUGUGGAAGAUCCAGCUUCCAGCCGCUGUCAUAGUUCAGCUUCACACAUUGAAAAUGAAAAACCUUCCUUGUCUUAAAUACUGUGUGUGCGUGUGUGUGCGUAUGUGUGUGUGAUUGACAUGUACAACGCUAUUUAAUUUAUUCAUUGAGAUGAAAUGGGGUGGUUGUCAUUUUUCCUAUUACAUACUGUGUGUAAAAGUGGAUUAAGAAUAUGUAUCACAGCAUACAAAUAUUUUGCUCUUUUUUAUUAUUUUGUUUCCUGUUGAAGCAUUUACAUCUGCCGAAGUUAUGCUAAUAAAUAUUGAUGUGAAAGUAUACAUGAAUAACAAUAA